AUGGCUAUGAACACGAGGCCCUCCACCCUCAGCCCAGAUCAGCCUGUGAACUUAUUAUCUCUCGAUGGCGGUGGUAUCCGCGGCGUAUCUGAACUAUUCAUUCUCGACGAAAUCAUGAGGCGCAUACAGAUACAACAAAACCUUCCGAACACCCCCAAGCCUUGCGAAUACUUUGAUCUCAUUGGUGGUACGAGUACUGGAGGGCUAAUAGCAAUCAUGCUAGGCAGACUAAAAAUGUCCACCGAAGAAGCUCUCCAAAGCUAUGACAGAAUCUCCAGUGCGGUGUUCACCGCCGAGAACAGGAAACCCUUUUACAGCGACGGAAAGUUCAAAGCGACUACGUUGGAGAAGGAGAUAAAGAACGUCGUCCGCCAGGCUGGGUGCAGCGACGAUCAGAAGCUGUUGGAUCCCAACGCGAAAGGAAACGCGUGCGUUCCGUCCGUAUCAUCUCAAGCCAACGUCGCCCUCAGCAGUUUCAAUAGUUUCGUGUGCUCCAUGACCGGAAUCAACCUUCGGUCUCCCCAACGUUUCCGCACAUACCAAGGACUCCCCAACCAAGGUCCCGACUGCAAAAUAUGGGAAGCUGCACGCGCCACCACAGCCGCGCCAACGUUCUUCAAGGCAAUCAAGAUUAUCGGAUCAGGAGGGUUCGGGCCCGAAUACGUCGAUGCAGGCCUGGGGUUCAACAAUCCCACCAAAGAGGUCCGAGACGAAGCCAAAGAGCUCUUUGGAAGUAAUCGGCGUGUCGGCGUGUUCCUCAGCAUCGGGACAGGCCAUCCAGGCCCUAGUGGGUUCCAGCAACCCAAAGGGAUAGAGAAGGUCUUCCCGUUGGAGUUCAUCCGGGUCUUGCAGCGUAUCACGACGGAUUGUGAGAGUGUCGCAGACGAACUGGCCAAGGAGUACGGCGGUAAUGGGGUAUAUUUCCGGCUUAACGUUCUCCAUGGUGCCGAGGGGGUGUAUUUGGACGAGUGGAAGAAGAUAAGUGAGGUGAUGGCGCAUACGGCUUCGUACUUGAGGGGGCCAGAGGCUUCGACGCAGAUCGAUAGGGUCGUAGCCUGUCUCUGUCGCAUUGGAGUCGGACAAGGGAAGACGUUGCAUUCUUUGUAG